GACAGAGCGAGCGUCACUCUCCGGGCGGCAGGAUCACAUUCAGACACCAGGUUAGUCCGGAGACUCCCAGCCGCUGUCGGUUCCUCCGCGUUUGUCAGGCCCUGCUGUUGACUACAGAGGAAUCUCACCUCUGGAUCCGUGUGAAAACAUUUUACGAUAAUGCCCACGAUAAAACUACAGAGCUCCGAUGGGGAAAUCUUCGAGGUGGAUGUUGAGAUAGCCAAACAGUCGGUCACCAUCAAGACCAUGUUGGAAGAUUUGGGGAUGGAUGAUGAAGGAGAUGAUGAUCCAGUUCCCCUCCCUAAUGUGAACGCAGCCAUCCUGAAGAAGGUGAUUCAGUGGUGCACUCAUCACAAAGAUGACCCCCCACCUCCUGAGGACGAUGAGAACAAGGAGAAGAGGACAGAUGACAUUCCUGUGUGGGACCAGGAGUUCCUCAAAGUGGACCAGGGCACCUUGUUUGAACUCAUUCUGGCCGCCAACUAUUUGGACAUCAAAGGCCUGUUAGAUGUCACCUGCAAGACAGUGGCCAACAUGAUCAAAGGCAAAACCCCCGAGGAGAUCAGGAAGACUUUCAACAUCAAAAAUGAUUUCACAGAGGAGGAGGAAGCCCAGGUACGCAAAGAGAACCAGUGGUGUGAAGAGAAGUAAAGGGGGAGAUCCUGCCAACACUACCACACUGAAAAGGAAAUGUCCCUGCUAACUGGUUGCACUGGCGUUGUUCAUACUUGUCAAUAUUUACAUUUAGUAUAUUUAGAGCCACAUACCCUUUCCCUCAAUUUCUGUGUACCAAUAGCAUGACCAUCUUAACUUGCCUGUGUGUUGUCAUUAAUUUAAAUAAAAGAGCUCUUUGUUUCCACAGGUGUGAGAAGAAAAAAAAAUAGUUCUGGUUUAAUGGCUUUGUACCCUUAAAGAUUAGAGGACACUCCUUUCCUAUUUUCCCUAUUAUUAAUCGCAAUGGUUGUCUUUUUUACUGGACAUGUUUGUUUUUUUCUUUUAGGUUAAUUGAUUGAAUAAAAUGGCUUUUUUGACAAUGGAAAUGAGAGGGUGAAUAUUUUAUCUCUGCUCUGUAAAUGCAUUUGUUCUGUGAAACCAUGUUGAGAGGAGAGGACGGGCUAUUUAAUAGGAAAAGUGAAGUUUAGGGUUUUUGCAUAAUAUCCUCUGGACUUAAAGUACUUGUGCGUUGUCACACAGCAUUGAGUAACUAAUUCCUAAUUCAUGUUGUAUUGAAUUGGAAACUAUUCUCAGAUAAGCUCUGAUGCUGGCUUUUGGGAUGAUCAAACAUGUAUUGAAGGAGUAAAUAAAACGUAUAAAAAGGU